UGAUGAUGAAAUUUUCAUUUAAAGGCUUAUAAACAAUUUUUAUUGCACCAUCACUACAAAUACUUUCGUUUUCAAUGUGAAUAUAACAGGCUAGCGAUGUUUAGACCAAGCAACAUUUCAAUACUGGAUACAGAAAGGAAGUGUGAGAGGGGGAUUUAGCUUAGCUAGCUAUCUAGGCCCUGGGGUGUCUGGAAGCCAGAAAAGAAGACUGAAAACAAACAGGUAUAAACAUAGUAAAAUUAACAUUGUAGUAUACUGAAUAAAUAUUUGUCAAAAUGACAUCAAAUGGUGAAGCUGAAUGCAACUUAUUUGCACCUGAUGGAGAUGAGGAAGAUGAAUUUUGUGAAGAAAAAUCAAAACCUGAUGUCAACCUUAAGUCAUCACUAGUGAGCCCUACAGCUGCAGAAUUUGAUACAUUACUAAGCGAUAUUCGAGAAUUGAUUUCCGAGGGACAAGGAGAAACUCUUUUUGAGAUUGGUGUUGGAGACGAUGGUGAUGCUGGUUUAAAUGAACCGGACAUGGAAGCUUCAGUAGCCACUUUACAAAGCAUUGCUGAACAUCUUGGCUGUGAGCUGAGUAAAUUACGAGAAAAAGAAAUGGAACAUGGAAAAACUGGAGAAUAUUUACUGCGGACAGAAACAAUCGAAGAAGAUUUCUCAGAAGUUCGUGUGGCAGUUGUUGGUAAUGUUGAUGCAGGAAAAAGUACCUUACUAGGCGUACUAACCCAUGGUUCGUUAGAUGAUGGAAGAGGAACUGCUCGGUUAAAAUUAUUUCGACAUAAACAUGAGGCUGAGACAGGACGAACCAGUAGUGUUGGUAACGACAUUCUUGGUUUUGACAGCAAAGGUGGCAUCGUAAACAAACCAGACCCACAUAGUGGUGCUUUAGAUUGGCAGCAAAUUUGUCGAGAGUCUUCAAAAGUGCUAACGUUUAUUGAUUUAGCUGGUCAUGAGAAGUACCUCAAAACAACCGUAUUUGGAAUGACUGGUCAUGCGCCAGACUUUGCCAUGCUUAUGAUUGGCUCAAAUGCUGGUAUCGUUGGUAUGACAAAAGAGCAUCUCGGUUUGGCUUUGGCAUUGAAUGUUCCUGUAUUUGUCGUCGUCACAAAGAUUGACAUGUGUCCUGCAAAUAUUUUACAAGAAACCAUGAAGCUCUUAACGAGAAUAUUAAAAUCUCCUGGCUGUCGGAAAAUACCUUUACUUGUAUCCUCAUAUGAUGAUGUUGUUGUUUCGGCUACAAAUUUCACAUCUGAAAGGAUAUGUCCAAUAUUUCAAAUAUCUAAUGUCACUGGAGAGAACCUCGACCUGCUAAAAUCAUUUCUCAACUUACUAUCUAUUCGAGGAAAUUACGAAGUAGCAAAACCACCAAUAUUUCAAAUCGACGAUACCUACUCUGUACCUGGCGUCGGAACAGUCGUCUCUGGUGUGACCAUGCAAGGUGUGGUGAGUGUCAAUGACGUGUUGUUACUUGGACCAGACAGCGUAGGAAAUUUCCAACCAAUACCAGUUAAAAGUAUACAUCGUAAGCGACUUCCGGUUAAAGAAGUUCGAGCUGGACAGACUGCUUCCUUCUCCCUAAAAAAGAUUAAACGCCAAGAUAUACGUAAAGGUAUGGUAUUAGUGUCACGGACGUUGGAACCAAAAGCCACGUGGGAAUUCGACGCUGACGUUCUUGUUCUCCAUCAUCCAACAACAAUAAGCAAAAGAUAUCAAGCAAUGGUACAUUGUGGAAGUCUUCGUCAAACGGCAACAAUUAUAAAAAUGGAUAAAGAACUGCUACGUACGGGUGAUAAAGCAUCGUGUCGGUUUCGUUUUAUUAAAAGUCCUGAAUACAUACAGGAAGGUACCAAAAUGAUUUUCCGUGAAGGUCGCACUAAGGCUGUUGGUACGAUAACAAAUUUGUAUUCAGAAAUUGAAGGAAGGAGCAGUCACAACACUCGUCAAAGCAAGCAGCAUAAAGCCUUGAUGCAUCAUAGAGCACAAGCUGCCAACAAACGUGGACCAAAGCCAUCUUCCGAACCUGCAACAGAAAAGAAGGUGGAUUUGCCGGCAACGACGACGCUUAAGAAUACGUCUAUAGCGCCGAAGAAUGCAAGGACUGUAAAAUAAAACAACUUAGCCUCACUUUUUAUUUAGAACUUUUUGAUUGUGUUUUAAGAAAGUUUAUUAUUUCUGUAAAUAGCACUGGGGAAGAAUGCAACAGCUUUUAAAUAACAUCUCCUUAUUUUUUAUGUGGAACUUCUUGCUUGUGUUUUUUUUAAAAAUUCUAAUAUUUAUUCUACGUUCGAAGUUGAAAAUAGUAUCAUGGUCACGUGUCUUUGAUGGAAGUAUUACUGAAAACUUUAAAGUGAAAACAAACUUAUGGUGUUGUAACAGUAAAAAAAAUAUUUUAAGCAACGCAUUAUAUUAGACAAAUCAUAUGAUAACAAACUACAUAGCUUUGUAUGUCUUUUAUAGAAAAAAGGAUUCAUAUUUAAA